AUGUCAUAUCUCGACACAUCCUUACCGACCAACGUCUCCGCGCAGAAAUGGAAGCUCGCAAUCAAGGAGGCUCUUCGCCGCCGGUUGAGCGGCGAGCGAUUCAGCAAGUACAUCGAGCAGCUGGUCUCACGAUAUCCCACACCGCCAGCGGAAGUCGCCAAAAUCCUCUUGAGCUUCAGGUCUCGAGACAUCAUUGGCAUGGACGACUGCCUAAUAUUUCCCUAUGCUGAAGCAUUGCUAUGCGCGAAGGCCGUGUCGCCAACUUCGAUAUUCCUCGAACUGCUCAGAACCUCCCACUGGGCGAAGAAACCAGUGGAAGCAGACACCAGACCCCGUAAUGGCCUUCCGGACUGCGAGGAGAGAAUGUUCAAUGUGCUCACGCAUGUAUACCUCACUGAGAGUGUCAAGUUCUCCGAACUUGAAGCUCACGGACUGGUGUAUGCCCUCGUUAUCUGGCUGCAGCGAGUGUCAGACUACGAGAUGCGUAUGCAGUUGGAGAAGGGAGCGCUCCAUACCGUGGAUGCCUUUGCCUUUGGUACUUACGAAGCAGUGGCAUCUCUGGCCAUUGCGGUCUUCACGAGAGCAGAAUUUGCGUCAAUUGCAAAGCAAUCUUGGUGGCCAAAGCGCAGAGAGGCCAUAGUGGAAGAGAUGCAGAAGUUCGACACUCACGUUCUCCUCUGGAUGCGAUCUGGACUGGCAGGCCGCCUGCAAGCACUGACUCAGACGUCCCCGUUCAUCAAGACCGACUCAAAAGGAAGGCCAAUCUUCAGCGAUCAACAGGUCUUGAACUCCAUUACCGAUUUGCCAGUGCAAAAAUCCAGAGCGGGCUUGUUUGUCUGGCUCAGCGCAUGCCUUUGCGCACGACCGCUUACGGAUGAUCUCGGCAUGUUGACAUAUCUGCAAGCUCGCUAUCCCGCGAACUUCCAGGCGAUGGCUGUUGACCUGAUUGUUGCUGCUUUCGAUGUGCUCACCAACGCUUUACUGCGGAAGGAGCCGAAUCAGCACGUCCACAAUAUCCGCUCUUUCAUUUGCAACAAGUUGCCGCAUCUGCUCGUGAUCGCGCCUAUGUAUCUGGGGUCAGCAAUGACGGUAGAAGCAUGCAUAUCGAUGGCUUUCAUGACCAUCACGAUGGAUGUCUUACCACCAAUCAGCGCAGGCGCAACAGAGAUGCGGGAGCAGCUUAAGAUCACAAGGCUGGAGUUUCUGCAGGCCUGCGCUUUGCACGGCCUCACAACGGAGGGUACAGUUGCUUCCAUCUUACAGGAGCCGGCCAUGUCACUGCCACGAGUUACCAAGUAUACCAAGGAAGGCUUGCUGGGGCAGUGCAGCAAUAACAUUGGCCGCCUCGAGCAUCUCAUUGACGAGCUUGAUGGAAUGCUCGGGAAUGCCGGAGCCAUCUCUGGAUGCAUUGUCGACACUGUCUCUGCUUUAUGCAUGGGCAGAGACUCGAUAUCUCUCAAAACCCUCUGCAAUAUGCUGAUCAAGAAGCCGGCGUGCCUGGACAUCAUCUUGCACUGGAUUCACGACCAAGACCAAACUGAGUUCACACCUGCUUACGAGGAGUUCGCAUCCGUACUUUUGGUUGUGCUGGUGGCAGUGAACCGCUAUGGCCUCGAUCGCUCUGAUCUCGGUCUUCCGGACAGUCAAAGUUUCGUGGCCAAUCUGCUCCAGAACAUGGCCAUCAGCAGAAAUCCAACCGAAAUCAGCGAAGAACAGAACAAACAGCUGGGGAAGUGGAUCGAAGGUUUGUACGCCACAGACGAGGCUGGCGAGACAGGAGGAAUCAGUGACGAGGUUAUGCGCAACUGUCCUCCACAAGCUUUCUACCAACUCGUGCCUACGCUUUUUCACCAGACUGUCAUGGCUCGCAAGUCAGGGUUGUUGGACGCGAAGACGUUCAAUGGAGGCUUGGAGCUGCUCGUGGAACCAUUCUUACUCCCAUCGCUGGUUGGAGGCCUGAGCUGGCUGAUAAAUCAUGCGUGGGAAGACGGCCACCAGGACGCCGACGUGCUGUUGCAGAUCCUAGACAAGCUGCUCAAUCCCUCCAGCAGCUCGCAAGAAACAAAAGCCAUGCACAAGGCGAUUCUAGGCAUCGUUGCGAACCGGCUGUAUAAGUCUUUGCAGAUCCUGAGCCAACGCCUGCCGGACACGAAGCAGACGGGACAGUUGAUGAAUGUCCUGAAGCCGCAUCUCAACCAAAGGCAAACCACAGCAGCGAACAAGGCCGAGAUGGAGGACUGGGCUUCGUCUGCCAAUGGCGGUCUUGAAACCCGCAUUGGUACUACCAUCCGAGAUCUAGUGGCGUGGGUGACUGAGACCGGCCCAUCUCCACCACCAAAGUACACCCACCGCCUGUUUGCAUACGGAUGCAGUCUACUCGGAGUCAGUCGGGUCCGUGACGCUCUCGUUUCCGAGCUGAAGAACCAAACGAGUCAGAGCCGCGGCCCUCUUGCGCUCGACAUCUGCUCCGCCAUGAUCUGCGCUCCUCUUGCGUCGCAGAGCAGUCACAGGACCCAUUCCGUUCGCGAGUCUCUGCGCGUGAAGGCAGUGGAUACACAUAAAUUGUUGCACGCCUCCGCGUCGGAAGCCGAAUCUCUAGUCGGCCUCAACCGAAGAGUCGAAGCUCAGCUCGCCGUGUCUCAAAUGCCCCAAAUGAUGGCGCUGCCUGUCGCCGAUCAAGGACAGACAGAUCAAGUGAUGGCUGAACUUGGCCUCACGGACGGCAGUCUUGCGGCACCCGGAGCCAAUGCCGGCGCAGAUGGCUCAGUUACUCUCGAGCAAACCGCUGGUGAAGGCUUCAACAACGCAGACAUGAGCGCCGCGUUGGACCAAGCUAUGAAUGCGAACAACAAUGGCUCAGGACAGGACAUUGUGGACUUGACAUCCGGCAGCGGCACGUUACCGAAUGAUGCGCAGAACCUCUUCGGCGAUAUGGGAAUGGACAUGAACCAGAACACGCAGCAGAUGAUGGGUAUGGAUGACAGCAAUGACAUGGAUAUGGAUGGCCAGAAUGCCGAAGAGGAUAUCUUUGCCGGGCUGGACAUGAGUUUGGGAGAUGAUUUCAACUUCACCUAG